AGAAGAGCACAAGUUAGAAGAUUCUUCUUCCCAGGAAAAAAAGUAAUAAAUAAAGCUCACCUAGAAAUUCCGACGACUACCCAAAAUUCCUUGUUUGUAACCCCUCGAAUUCCUCGAAAUUAUUGUCUAAACCCCAAAAUCCUGUUUUUACUUCCCGGUUUCUUUGAGUUCCCGGAAGCGACAGUAUCGAGGGUGAAGAAUGUUGUGUAGAAUGGUAUCGCUGGCGAAGAAGAAAAGGAAAGGAACAGUGCCAGUUUAUCUCAAUGUUUACGAUCUGACGCCGAUUAAUGGCUACGCGUACUGGCUCGGCCUUGGGGUCUACCAUUCCGGCGUGCAAGUUCACGAUGUUGAAUACGCAUUUGGAGCACACGAUCAUGGAACUUCAGGGGUUUUUGAAGUGGAACCAAAGCGUUGUCCUGGUUUCACAUUCAGGAAAUCGAUAUUGAUAGGAAGAACUGAUCUAGGUCCCAAGGAGGUCCGUGCCUUUAUGGAGAAAUUAGCUGAAGGGUACUGUGGAAACACUUACCAUCUUAUCACGAAAAACUGCAACCAUUUCUGCAAUGACGUGUGUACCAGAUUGACAGGAAAACCCAUUCCUAGGUGGGUCAACAGACUCGCCCGACUUGGUUCUUUCUGCAAUUGUGUCCUUCCGGCAGGUGUCAGUGAAGCAAAAGUUCGGCAAGUUAAAUCGGGAGAUAGGGUUUAUGAAGGAGAGAAGAAGAAAUUCCGGAGCCAUUCAAGUAGGUUUGCAUCUUCUGCUAAUCCUCCACCUCCUUCAAUAAGAAGUGCCAGACAGAGCCAUUAUAUCCCUCCAUCUUCCUCUUUGAUUCAUUCGUCUUCAAUUUCAACCUUGACUUUAAAGCUUUAAUGGCAUUCUGAUCUUGAUACUUACUAGGGUUCUCUAGAGUCAAGCAAAAAAGAUAGGGAAAAUAGCAAAUUACUGUCUCUCAGAUUAAUUUCACUGAUCUUGUCUUAUGGUUAGGAAAAAUAUCGCUGCUUGGGAACGUUGCAGCGUUUCUGCUCUGUAAAAUUCUCUAUUUUUACUUCAAUGGAAAUAUGCCUUUACAA